AGUACGUACCCAAGUUUGAGUGUAGAUGUGAAAGAUAAAACGAAGGAUGAGAGUUUGAACGAGAUGUCGCAAAUGCCAUGGAGGAGUCUCGCGCACAGCUCGGUCUGGCGUUUCCAGCAACACAGGGCGUUUCAAUGAUUUGCACCAAAUGAAGGAUGGAAUAAUCAAUCGACGUGCUGCAUGCAUUACAACGGCAAUAUUAAGUGAAACGGACCAUUCCGCUUUUCUUUAAACUUGAGAAAAGUCAAUCGGCAAGAGUGGGACGGAAAACGCACCAGAAUGCCCUCGCGUUGUACUACUGCUAAUGCUGGAAUAUAAUGAGGAAUGCGUUGCGUUUUUGAGAAAAAAAAGGGAUUUAUGAUAACUAUUGCUAUUGACGCAAACGAACGAGCAGACAUAACAUUUAAUGUUGCGUUCUACAACGGGUUCGUUCAAAACUGGAUUAUGUUACCCGAAAAUUAUUUACCUAUAAACUGAAUUUAGACAAAUACGGACGCAAUCUUUGAACAGUUUACUGAAAAUGUCCAAGAUGAGUAGAUUACGGAUUGCAAAGGGGGAUGCGCUUCAGGCUUGCCCGAUUUUGAAAAUGAUUUUCUUGACUUCUUUCUGGAGAGCUGCUGAAUGCCGGGGAGCUUCAGAUGCCCAGCACAGGUUUUCUUCCUCCCUUCCUACCUACCUGCCGGUGUCCUACCAGGUCCAGAAUGCUGAUUCUGUCUUCUUCUUGAAGGAGGCAGGGCAAGAGGUGAUGCGUAACGGCAGCCUGCAGACACGCAGUGAGCCCUUCUUCGUUCACAUCGCCGAGGUCAUCCCCUCCGUCAACUGUAGCUAUGGAAACAUCUCUGCCGAGGCCACCAUGCCCUUGGAGCUUCUGCAGGCUUCCCCCCAGCUGCUGCCGUCGCCCACCCACAUCACCUUCAACUGGAAGGUGCAGGCGCACAUUGUCAACCCCAGGGUCAGUUCCAAGAGGCCCCGGGUUCAGGUACUGUUCUACCUGGCAGGGCGUCGGUGGGACGAGACGACCCCGCUGCCGGAGCAGCUACCAUGCGUGCGUGCCAUGGGUUACCGGGACAUGGGCGAGGCGGUAGCGGGCUGCCAGUUGGAGGGGACCCUGGGGAUCUGUGUGGCGGAGCUGGAACUGCCCUCCAGCUGGUUCACACCACCGACAGGGCGGAAGAAGCCCCCUGAAGGGGACAGCAAUAUUAUGGAGCUGUACUAUGCCAUCCAGCCACUGGAAAGCAGAAGAAGGGACUGUGGUACCAUAGACCCCAAGAAAAGCAAAAAUGCUGGUAUAGUUCCUGGGCAGGGUGAGGCUACGCCAUACACUCAGAGGAUUGGCUCAGUGGAACUGCUCAGUGGCCAGGAGGAGGAGCCACGCAGGACCAGUCUCAGGUUGGAUGACAACAUUGAGAUCCAGGUCCCACCCAGUCCGGUCAAACAGGGGCAGCUCAUUGGCUUUCGGAUCAGCAUGACCACAGCUUCUAUAGUUGAGCAGUUCACACUGAGAGCCCUGUUCAGAGAGGGAGUGAACUUCAUGGAGGUGAAGCCUAGCAACUUGGGCUCGUGGGAGAUCAAACAGGAAGUGGUCCCUGGGAGUUCCAGUGUGUCCAUUAUCUGCCAGAGGAAACCAAGCUCUGUGGGGGACAGAUUGGAGGGCUCCUUCUACGAGGUCAUGCUAGUAGAGUUUAAGGUAGACAACUUCAUCAACCUCCAGUCCACCCAGUCGGUGCGGUGGCAGAUUGAGUACCCGGGAUCAGCAGGGGCACUGGCAGAGGUGACCUCCGCUAUCUACGUUAUUCAAAGGGAACUGCAGGGCAUUGUCCCACUGGCAGAGGACACGGAAAUCCUGAACACGGCCAUCCUGACGGGGAAGAGGGUGGCGGUGCCAGUGAAAGUGGUGACAGUGGAGCGGGAUGGCACCGUGCGGGAAGUGGAGGAGACCAUCGGCUGCAGUUCCACCGAUGAGGAUGUUGUCAAGGUGUCGCCGGGGUGCGACGCGGUCCUGGUGAAUGGGAAGGAGAUGAGGGGCAAGCAGUCUCUGCUAGUGAACUUCACCUACCUGUACCUCCACACCCAGCUGCAGCUGACAGUGUGGGUGCCCCGCCUGCCUCUGCAGAUUGAGGUGUCGGACACAGAGCUCAGCCAAGUGAAGGGCUGGAGGGUGCCCAUCCUCUCCAACAAGAGACCCACGCGUGACAGCGAGGAUGACGAGGAAGACGAGAAGAAGGGCAAAGGCUGCACGCUGCAGUACCAGUACGCUCUGGUCCGGGUUCUGACCCACUUUGUUGCGGAACCAGCUGAUCCCGGUGGGGAGCUGGUGUACAUGCUUGGUCCUGACUGGCAGGUGGACAUCACGGACCUGGUGCUGGAUUUCUUCAAGGUGGAAGACCCGCGGAUCGCCAGGCUGCUGGACGGCCGGGUGCUGAUGGGGAGGGACCUGGGCAUCACUACCAUCCAGGUGCUGUCACCUCUUUCGGACUCUAUUCUGGCGGAGAAGACAGUGACUGUGCUGGAUGACAAGGUGACCAUCACUGAUCUGGGGAUACAGCUGGUGGCCGGGCUGACACUAUCCCUGCAAUCCAGUCCAGGAAGUAGCCGGGCCAUUGUGGCCACAGCCACUGCCCAGGACCUGUUGCACUCCUCCAAACAGGACGCUAUCAUCAGUGCCUGGAUCCAGUUCAGCGAUGGCUCUGUGACACCCCUCAAUAUUUACGACCCCAAAGACUUCACUCUGAGCGCCACCUCCCUGGAUGAAAAUAUAGUCUCUACCUAUCAGGAGCAACCGCUCAAGUGGCCAGUGGUGGUGGCUGAAGGAGAGGGGCAGGGUCCCCUGGUCAGGGUUGAGAUGGUCAUCUCAGAGACCUGUCAGAAGUCAAAGAGAAAGAGUGUGCUGGCGAUGGGGACUGGGAAUGUCCGUGUAAAGUUUGGGCAGAAUGACGUGGACCAGAAGGGUGGGGGGCAAGAAGAGGGAGAUGGAAAUGGUGGCCUUGACAACAGCACUAGUGAGCGGAGGCUGAAGGGCCUGGAGCAGGACAAGGCCGGGGGAGAUGCCUGGAAAUAUAACAGUGCCUCCUCUGACCGUGAAGAGGGGGCCAUGCGGAAGGUCAGCACCACCACCAAGACCACCAUCACCAGUCGUGUCGGGGGCAACAAGCUGGCUGGCAGCGACUCGGGCCAAAUUGUAAACAUUCCUGUGGACUUCACCAGCUUCCCUGCCCAGGUUGAUCUCCCAGGGGGUGCGGAAAGUGAUCUGUCCCAGACUGCUCGAGGGUUGUCGGACCUUGAGAUUGGGAUGUACGCCCUGCUGGGUGUCUUCUGCCUGGCUAUCCUGGUCUUCCUCAUAAACUGUGUGACCUUUGCCUUCAGGUAUCGCCACAAGCAGCUCCCAGUCCUGGAGCAGGGCAACAUGAACCACGCCCAUGACUGGGUGUGGCUGGGCAAUGAGGCAGAGCUUCUGGAGCACCACACAGAGACCUCCACCCACCCUGAUGAGUGCACCACCAUUAUUGACCGGGGGGAGGGCUAUGAGGAGAGCAAGUACCUGCUCAAUGGUGGGGCUCAGAAGAACAUUCAGGGUCAGAUUCACCGCUCUGCUGACCCCGGGCCCUGCAACGGCAAGGACCCAAAAGUUGAGCCCCUCAACAACUCGCCCAGCGCCAAGCGCAAGCGAGUCAAGUUCACCUCCUUUGCCACCAUUCUCCCAGAUGACGGAGGACCCUACACCAACUCCAUCCUCAUAGGCAAUGAGGACGACAUCAAGUGGGUGUGUCAGGACAUGGAUCUGGGGCAGUCCACAGAAAUCAGAACGUACAUGGAAAGGCUACAAGACAAUCUGUGAGAAGCACGAAAGAGACUAAAAGUGAUUUUAACUCACCUAUAAUGCCUUUGGUCCUGGCAAGGAAGAGGAGGAUGCUGGGAGUUGGGAAUGGAGGAGCCGCCAAGAGAUGGGGGAUAUUCCCAGACAUGACUUUGAAUCCUACAGAGCAAACCUGACUUCUAUAGUCAAUGGAGUGGUCAAUAGACAGUUUUAAU